UGAAAUCAUCGUAAAUUAUAAACGUUAUAGAAAUUUACAUAAAAUGGUAAAUAAACAAGAAUCUGUUUUGGCUGCAAUAACAUUUUUUGCAAAAAUCCAUCCCGGUGAAGUUUGUGGCAGCAAUGGUUUGCCUUUAACACCUAAUUCUAUAGCCAUACUGGGUAGAUCCCAAAAGCUAAAGGAAUUCAAACAUCCAAACUUAUGUCAAUAUUUAGAUGUCAUUAGAGGCAAACAUGAAAGAACUAUUGUGGUCUCAGAAUAUCGAGGUUCUACUUUACAGGAUACAAGUAAAACUUCCCUUAACUUAGCCUUAAUAGUACGAAUAUUUUUUCAAAUAACCUCGGCUCUAAGGGAACUGGAUGCCCACAAAAUUGUAGCCCAUAAUCUGGAGCCAAAAAAUAUUCUCUUAGAUCAAUUUAACAACAUUAAAUUAUUUAAUUAUGGUUUGUACUAUAUGACAAAGGGCGGGGAAUAUGUUGCCUUUCCCAUUGGCAAUAUCAAAUAUAUGCCACCUGAACGUUUGCUGGGAGCAAAAAACAAUAUUAAAAGUGAUAUUUGGUCGCUGGCUAUGAUCGUAGCAGAACUCUUGUUGCACACAUCAUUUUGGCCAAAUUUGAAAAUCUCCGCUAUAUCACGUAAAAUACUCUCGUUUUGCCAAUCGAAUAAUGUUUUCGAAAAAAUCGCGCGGGAACAUGAUAAACUAGAGUUGUACCAGAAAUUGGAUGCCGAUGUACGUGAUUUGAUUGAACAAUGUUUAGCGGUUAGGCCAACAGAAAGACCAUUGCCAGAGCAACUCUUAAAUAGCUCAAUAUUUACAAAGAAUCUCAAUUUGUAUCAAAAUACACCCUUGGAAAAAUCUCCUACACUUUUGCUGCGCAUGCCGCUGGAACAAAUCUAUUAUUGGUGGCAACUAACUGGAGGCGAUGUUCAAUCGGAACUCAAAAAAGAAGGUCUCAUACGCAGUGAGGCUCCCAUUUUAUCCAUACCACAAGUUGUUUGUCUUAAUGGUUCAAUAGUGGGUCCAAAACGCAGUCAAUCGUAUUUAAUGGAUGAUCGUGUGGUGGUUUUAAAGUUACAAAAUCUUAUAGAUCGUUUAAGAAGAAUACCCGCUAUGGCUUAUUAUCCACUAAUACAUUCCCCAAAAUUUCCGUAUAAUUUUGGUUCAGGCAUGGACCAGUUACCACUGGUCAUACGUGAAAAAGAUAUUGAAUAUCAAUUCUAUAGAGUGAGAUUAUUUUCAAGAUUAUUAAAGGGUUAUCCUUAUACUUCAGAUCUAAUACGCAAGGAGGCCUGCAUUGAUAUACCGCCUUUAUUAAGAGGUCCCAUUUGGGCCUGUCUUUUGGAUGUUAUACCAAAUGGAAGCUAUGAAAAAAUAGACAAAUUUACACCCACCUCAACGGAUCGCCAGAUUGAAGUCGAUAUACCACGUUGUCAUCAAUACGAUGAAUUAUUAUCAUCGCCGGAGGGACAUCUCAAACUGAAAAGACUUUUAAAAGCCUGGGUAACCGCACAUCCCCACUAUGUGUAUUGGCAAGGAUUGGAUUCACUGACAGCACCAUUUCUCUACUUGAACUUUAAUAACGAAGAAUUGGCGUUCCACAGUGUUUACAAAUUUAUACCCAAAUAUUUGCAAUGGUUUUUCCUUAAAGAUAAUUCGGCCAUUAUUAAAGAAUAUCUAAGUAAAUUUUCUCAAUUGACAGCAUUUCAUGAACCAACGUUGGCACAACAUUUAGCAAAUAUAAAUUUUAUACCAGAACUAUUUGCUAUACCCUGGUUUCUAACCAUGUUUUCACAUGUAUUUCCCUUGCAUAAAAUUUUACAUUUAUGGGAUAAAUUAAUGCUGGGCGAUAAUUCGUAUCCUCUGUACAUUGGCAUUUCUAUACUAAAACAAUUGAAAACAACUCUACUUUCGUCGGGUUUCAAUGAGUGUAUUUUAUUGUUUUCCGAUUUGCCAGAUAUUGUUAUGGAAAAUUGUGUUGUCGAAUCACAAAAAAUGUAUGAGUCUACACCCAAAAGUGUAUCCCACCGAUUUCAUGUUUUAAGAGACCAAGAACUGGGACCAUUUGAUAUUACAACCGAUGUCACUUUGGCUCAUUUACAAAAGGAAAUGUGUCCACGUAUCAGUGCUAACGAUCUGACUGAUCUGUUGAGGCAUCAACCCCUUGAACUAAUGUGUUUGGAUAUACGCAGUACUUCUGAUUAUAAUCGUGUUCAUUUACCGAAUAGCAUUAAUAUACCGUACAAUAAUUUACAAUUGGAGGAGAAAUCAUUGGAGUAUCUGAACGUGCCACAAAUCGAAGAAAAGCUUCUCAAUCGUAUUAUUAUCUGCAUAAGCAAUAUUCAUGAAAAUGCUGUAGAAUUUUCAAAAUUUUUGAUCGAAUGUGGCAUACCACGCGUUUGCAUACUGCAUCAAGGUUUUAACAUAUUGCAUUCUAUAGAGCCGAAUAUCUUAGUAUCUAAUUAAUUACUUCAGAAAGAGUCUAGUUUAAUUUAUAUUUAAAGUAAAUUUAAUUUACAUUGUGUAUUGUUUGAAUAAUUAAUUAAAACCUAAAGUUUCUCUUUUGUAUGUUUGUUAAUUUAUUAAAAAAUUGUAUUAUUAAAUUGCGCUAAA